CAUUUAGUUCAUUCAACACCUUUUUUUGAGGCUUCUAGUUCCGUGAUCUCAAUUAGAGUUUGCUCUCUCUCGCACUGCUGACGAUGAAGGCAAAGGAAGUGUGUGUGUUUACAGGCCUAUCCAAAGGCAGAACAGCCAGUAGAGUCAUUAGCAGAGCGCUUCAUUACAUUCCUACAUAUCCACAGGUCUUUUUAUCACUAGUCUGUGUUCUGACAAGAUGGCAGCACUGCUUCUAGCUCCUAAGCAACUUGGCAGUAUUUAGUUUUUUUUGUUUGUGUGUGACAAGAAUUUCGCUACACCCGCAAUAACAUCUGUUAAAUAUGUUUAUGUGACCAAUAAAAUUUGAUUUCGAGUGCCAUUUCUGCACACACACCCCUCUGGGCUGUUUGAACUCAGUCGGUGGUCUGCCAGAUGAAGGCUGUUCAAAGCUGACUUCUAUCAGUCCUUCCCAGAGCCUUUGUAGUGUGGAGACUCAGCAACAGGUGACAUUUAGAGCUGAAAACCGGUGUCAACUUUGAACGCUUGCCGCUACCCACGCCUGCCCUUCACCUGAGACGGGACCCAUGCUCCUCGUACAGGAGAGAGGUACAACGGAGUGAGAUGGAGAGAAGAGGAUGUGUAUAGUGUCCAGUCUGCCGAAGUUGUCUGCUGCCAAUAUGUGAUGUGUGGCUUUCCACUUGGUCUGGAGUGAAACCUUAACAAUCUACCCAGGACCUCAGACAACCCAGACCAUGUCGGUCCCCCAGGACCUCCUGCCAGACGGCAGUCCCCUGAUUGGAGCAGCAAGGCUGGGGAAGCUUCGCCUCGUUAGGCUGCUCCUAGAGGGGGGUGCCCAGGUCAACGAGAGAAACCCAGGAGGAGAGACUCCUCUCCUGGCAGAGUGUAAAGCCCUGAGAGGGGAACCCACCGGACCUGGAACCCUGAAACUGCUCAGAUACCUACUAGACAACCAGGCAGACCCUAAUGCCCAGGACCGGUCAGGCCGUACAGCUCUGAUGUAUUCCUGUAUGGAGAGGGCUGGAGCUCAGCUAGCCUCUACUCUCCUCUCAGCUGGAGCUGACCCCAGUAUGGAGGACUACUCUGGAGCUUCAGCUAUGGUCUACGCUAUCAACGCACAGCACCAGCCUACACUACAGGUGCUGCUGGACGCAUGUCGCGCCAAAGGCCGUGACAUCAUCAUCAUCAUCACUACGGAGAUGGGUGUGAGCGGAGGGCCGGUGACGAGGCGCUACCUGAACGUUCUGCCGUCUCCCGAUGCAUCACCUGUCACCUGCAUGUCACCCUCUGAUAUCAUCAUCAAGACGGGCUCACCUAACUCACUUGAGGGAGAGAACGUGUUCAAUUUCAGAGGACCAGGUAAGAGGGGGAGUGGCAGCAGCAGCAGAUUCUCCCCAUGUGAGCUGAGUCCAGUGGACCAGUCCUGUAUCCCCCCUCCCAGACAGCGACAGUGGUCUGAACCAUGGCUAGCUAUUCACAAUCUUGCUCGACUUAACAAGGUCUACCAAGAGGGAAGGAGGGAAAGGAAGGUAGAGGAAGAGGGAGGAGAGGAAGGAGGAAAGGGAGAAAAGGGUUCUCUUCAGCACGACUUUAAGAAGGAAAGGAGGGAGAAGGCCGAGCUAGAGGAAGAGGUGGGAGAUGACAAGGAGAGUCAAUCUGUCCAUCUCUACCAUAAGGAGAUAUCUUCCGGGGCCUCUUGUUCUCUCCUCUUUCCUACAGAGGAGCACCUUUCCCAGGCAGCCCAGAGCAGACUGUCCCCUGAGAGGAGGCUAGCCCCUGGAGGUUCCACCUUGGAUUUAUACAAAGAACACCCCAGUACUCAAACUGCUUUACAUUGUAGAGGGGGAUCUAAUCUCAUCGGAGGCGACCCAAUGACCCGGAAGUGCUCCGUGGACAGACUUCCUCCCUGCUUUCCCUCUCCCUGGCAGGGGGCUCGUAGGAACACCCUCCCAUCCUUGACUCCAGCUCCACCCCUUCUUCAUCUGCCUCCCCUAUCAUGUUAUGAGUCUCACCUACAGGUCCCGCCCCUUGGCCUACCUGUUGCAGGUUUAGGUAUGGUGUGUCGGACGCAGCUGCCCUCCUCCCCUCUUUCUCCCACUCCCCCCCUCUCUCUUCCCUUUAAAGCAAUAUUUAGACCAGGCUUUCUGCCUUCUCUACCCCUCUCUACCUCUUCCGUUUCUGCUCUCCUUCUCUCCACCUCCUCCUCAUCCUCCUUUGUUCCCGCUCUCCCUCCCUCCAGUGGGAGGUCACCUCGACGUCACUCUAUCCAGCUGGAGCCGCUGAGAGGAGUGAGACCCUAUGUUAGCUGUUGUGGUGUGUGUAGUUACUUGUAAUAGCCUCUAGAGCAUGCUCUAGAGACACUUAUUCAGUGCUUGCUGACCUCAAUCUGUGGAUUCAUAUCAACAGUCUAAAGCAGUAAUCUCCAAUCCAAAUCAUUUGUUUAUUAGAUAUUUCCUAUUUAUAUUAUAUGGAUAAUAAAACCCAUCCUUUAUUCAGUUGUGUUGUAGCUUUUUCCCCACACCCACACUGAAGGUUGUCACUGAACUUUAGUGUGUCUUGCUUUAUGAUAGUCACAUGCCCCUACCAUUACACGAAGUCAGUCAGUAUUCUUAAUGAGGGAUUUAAAGCAAAUGUUAAUUUGACUGUGUACUUUAAGAACAUACUUGUCUAUUCCAAGACAGACCUAGCCGUGUCUGAAUGACCAUACUAGCAUACUACAUACUUGAUAAAUCCUCUACAGGAUCGGUGUCCCGUCAAUGGGACGGUUGAGCUAAUGUAGGCUAAUGUGAUUAGCAUGAGGUUGUAAGAAACAAAAACAAAA